CAUUUCCUGAACUAAACCCUGAGGUAUCUCAGCAGCAGCCUAGACCCCAGUCCUGCUAACAGGUGGACAUGGCCUGCAGGGGCCAUAAUCAACCCAGGGGCCUGGGCUGGGCCUUGCAACUGACCCUGGCAUGGAUCCUGCUAGGGGCCUGUGGAGGGAGCCUUACACUCUCUGUUAGGUCCCAGAGACACCAUAGGCUGGCAUCUGAUCUGGGCACAGGCCAGCUGCACCUAGCAGAGAUGGACACACCAGAGGCACUGAACCCUGGAAUCCUCUCAGAGGGCUGUAGGGAGCCUAGCCCUGAGUGCGAAUCCUUCCUGGGACAUCUCCAGGUUUCCCUCCACAGUCACUUCCGCUUCCUGCUACUGGGGAUACACCAGACACAGCCACUUUGCGCGGAGCUCUGCCAUGCCUGGUUUGCCACCUGCAAAAGCGAUAUCACCUGUGGCCCAACUUGGCUCCCACUCCUAGAGAAGAGGAACUGCUACCCUGGUUGCAGUACCUAUGAGCAGAUCUUCACUGACGGGGUGGACCUCUGCCGCUCCGUUCUGGGCUACGCGCUGCCGGUGGCAGUUCCUGGUGCUGGUCACUGCCUCAACAUUUCCAUCUCAGUGCUUCCCAACCCCAGACAGGGACGGAGGGCCCGGGAAACCACCAUGCUGCGCUCCCACCAUCCUCGUGGCUGGAUCCUGAAUGCGGCAGGCAGCGGGAGUGGCAGUGGAAGUGGCAGCAACUGGCCUUAG